AUUUAGUCCGAGGGCGUGCAAAUGGUGCGGAUCAAGUAAGAAUGAACAGUGGUGAAAAUCUAAAGUUCGAGGUCUCUUUUUUGUGAUUCAUAUACGACUGAUGGUGCAGAGGAAGUGUGACUACAAGUGGAUCGCCUCAUACGCAUGAAAGGAAGCCAUUUUUGUUGUUUUUUUUCUUGUUCAUGAUGGCGCUGCGAGGACAAAGACACCGAGAGUGCUGCUGGUGGGUGGCUGUGAUUGUCUUGUUUCUUGGGAGGAGGAUUUGGGCUCAGAUUCGGUACUCAGUUCCGGAAGAAGUGCAGGUGGGGACCACGGUGGGAAAUAUCGCUAAGGAUUUAGGACUGGAGAUUCGAACCUUGGCCGAGAGACGGUUUCGUAUUGUUUCGGGUCCGAAUCACGCGUUGUUUCAUCUUAACCAGAACAACGGGGCUCUGUCUGUGACGAAAACAAUAGACCGAGAAGAAAUCUGUAACGGGGCUAAAGUGUGUUUAAUCAAUUUGAAAAUAGUUGUUGAAAAUCCGCUGGAGAUCCACUACGUGGGUGUUGAGAUCACGGACGUGAACGACCACCCACCGAGCUUCCCAGAAAACGAGCAGAGGCUGGAAAUAGCAGAAAAUAUUCCACAAGGUACUCGUUUUCAGAUCCAUUCUGCUAGAGAUCCAGAUGUUGGCUCAAAUUCGGUGCGAUUUUACAAACUGAGCUCGGUGGAUCUUUUUGACAUUGAAGUGAGGGACAGUGAAGAGGACAAGAUACCUUUUUUAGUCUUGAAAAAAUCUUUAGACCGGGAGCAGAAAGCAGAACACAAUCUGGUCUUAACCGCUUUGGAUGGAGGAAGUCCUGCUAAAUCUGGGAGUCUUAAUUUAAGCAUCACUGUGUUGGACGCAAAUGAUAACAGACCUGUGUUCAGCAAAGACGUUUAUAGCGUCACACUGGAAGAAAACGCUCCAAUUGGGACACUCGUAGUGGGAUUGAAUGCCACAGAUGUAGACGAAGGGCCAAACAGUUUAAUAGAAUACUCGUUAGGGAAAACCCAAAAAAAGAAAGUACAUGAAACAUUCGAAUUAGACGGAAUUACUGGUGAAAUCAGGGUGAAAGGUGUGAUUGACUUUGAGGACACUGAGAUUUACAGAUUAGACGUACAAGCGUCAGAUAAAGGCCAGCUGCCUUGGACAUCUGAAGGUAGAGUUGUGAUAAAAGUCAAGGAUGUGAAUGACAACAAGCCGGAAAUGGAAGUGACGUCAUUACGGAAUAUUGUCCCUGAAAAUGCUAAACCCGGCACCGUCAUCUCUCUUAUUAGCAUCACGGAUCGAGACUCUGGACUGAAUGGUAAAGUAGUUUGUGAAAUCGCCGGGAAUAUUCCGUUUGAUUUAACGCCGUCCAUAGAAGAGAAUAUGUACUCGCUUGUCACUAAGGCUGCUUUGGACAGAGAGAGCGUAACUAAUUAUGACAUCACAAUCACAGCCAGUGACUGUGGUGUGCCUUCACUCUCUACGGCCAUCACAAUAAACGUCCAAGUAUCAGAUCGGAAUGAUAACCAACCAACAUUCAUGCGCAAUCCGUAUGAACUGUACUUAAUAGAAAAUAAUAUUCCAGGUGUGGAAAUAUUAUCUGUUAGUGCGGCUGACACGGAUCAGGAUGAAAAUGCAGCCGUUACUUAUCAUAUUGUGAGAGGGGAUGGACAGCCAGGUGAUAUCACAUCGUUCCUCAACGUCAAUUCAGAAACCGGACAAAUAUCAGCACUGAAAAGUUUUGACUUUGAGACGCUAAAAAGCUUCCAGUUCCAAGUGGUGGCCACAGACGCUGGAAGUCCUCCACUGAGCAGCAACGUGACAGUGAAGGUGUUCAUCCAGGAUCAGAACGACAACGCUCCGGUCAUCCUGUAUCCAGUCAGCUCCAACGGUUCCUCCGAAGGCGUGGAGGAGAUUCCCCGCAAUAUGAAAGCAGGAGACUUGGUGACUAAAGUCCGAGCCUAUGACGCUGAUAUCGGAUAUAACGGCUGGUUACUGUUUUCACUGCAGCAAGUCACUGACCACAGUGUCUUUACUUUGGACCGCUAUACGGGCCAGAUCAGAACACUUCGCUCAUUGACAGAGACAGACGAGGCUGAGCAUCAACUGCUCAUACUGGUCAAAGACAAUGGCAACGUUUCACUCUCAGCAACAGCUACUGUGACUGUCAAACUUGUGGAGCCCAAAGAGGCUUUUGCAGCUUCUGAUGUCAAACGUGCAGCAGCAAAAGUGGACAAGGAGGAGGACGACAAUGUGACUUUUUAUCUCAUCAUCACUUUGGGCUCGGUCUCCCUCCUUUUUGUCAUCAGCAUCAUCGUGCUGAUCGCCAUGCAGUGCUCCAAAUCCACAGAGUACACUUCCAAAUAUCUCCAAGACACUAAUUAUGAUGGGACACUGUGUCACAGCAUCCAGUACAGAUCAGGAGACAAACGCUACAUGUUAGUUGGACCCAGAAUGAGUAUCGGUUCUACUGUGGUCCCGGGCAGCCACGCCAACACUCUGGUGCUCCCUGACAGGAGACUCGCUUCUUCUGGGGAGGUAAGACAUCCAUUGUUAUAUAGUUUUGUUCACUCAUAUGAUUUCAAUAUUUGUAGUUUUAUGUCUUUUAAACGGUUUUGUGUGUCUCUUGUGUCUGCGUUAAAAUGUUUUGUUUUCAACAACUUAGUAGAAAAUGCUGACUAUAGUCACUGUCUUGUAUAAAUGCGCUUCUGUUCUUGGUUUUUAAUGGUUAUUUUGAGAACAUUUCAAGUUCAAACCUUCCUUGAGAAACACUUUCCUGCCAGUUUAUUGUUGCACUACCAAGUGGGGGUUGAACAUUGACCAAUAGUGGUUAGCAUGGCCACACUGUCAGGAGAUCCAAGAGGUCCGUAUCUCUGUGGAGUUUGUAUUUUCUUUCCGUGUGGGGGAUUUGUUGGGGAUUCUAAAUGGUUGUUUGUCCCUUUAACUGGCUGACGGCCAGUCAAUGUACUAUAGCUACUACACAUGUCGUUGUCCAUGGUACUGAAUGAUUUUGCACAACAAUAUAAUG